UUCCUCGGCUCUUGUCCUACUCUGUGCGAGGCGGAACUGUGAGGUGGACGGACGAGCGUAACGCACCGGGUCGGAUUCUGCAGGGACGUCACCAUAAACUGUAAUCUAAUCUAAUCUCACCAAGGAAACCUGCUCUCAGUGAGACGUGGACGCCUUCUGCUACUGGACUUUAAAAUACUAGAUAUUUUAUUUAUUUAACUGGCAAGCUUUAUUUUGUAAGCUGCAGGGCAGGUUUUUCUCUGCACUUUGUUAUCGGACAAAGGAUAACAACACCGACGGGUCGGCCAUCAUUCACUGACCAACAUCUCAUCAAAUCGUCCCUUCUUCCCGUGCAUUUUUUUUCCUGCAUUUCACUAGAUGGAUUUCAGCUGUUUGAGUUGCUCUUGACUUUUUUUUUUUUUGUGCCAAGCCUCCAGCAGCACCGGCUCUCCACAGCAAGGGGCCGACUGCAGCGCGGCGUUGAUCGGUAGCGCGCUGAGCCGCCAGCCCGACCAAUCCGGCUCCUUUGAGUUCACUCAGGAACAUGAUGCGGAUGCCGAAAGGCGUCUCUCCGGCUCCGGGUCGCCCAGCAGCACCAUCAGCAGCAGCAGUGGGGCUGUGCUUCCCUCAGCAGAAGAUAAAGGUUCUGUCCGCCGCAGGAGGGAAGCACGAGUUCUUCAGCACCGGACUGUCCAGCCCGCCGAUGAGCACGGUGCCGCCGGGCUAUUUCAGCCAGAUCGGCAACACCGCCGCGGCCGAACAAAGAGCCAACAGCCUGUAUUCAACCCCCCACGGACCGGAGGCUAAACCCAUCAGAUCAUCCUGCGGGCGACUGCCGGCUAAAAGGAAGCUGGAUCUUGAGGACCCUCUCUACCUGCCAGAGUUCCGCACGCCAAAAGGCAAAUGCAGCAUCGCCGCCAGGAUACCAAGCCCAAGGACUCCAAAGUCUCCAGGUGAGAGGACGCGCUACGACACGUCCUUGGGCCUCCUGACCAAGAAGUUUGUGGGUCUGAUCGCAGAGUCUCCCGAUGGAGUCCUUGACCUGAACUGGGCCACCGAGGUCCUGGAGGUCCAGAAGAGGCGCAUCUAUGACAUCACCAACGUCCUGGAGGGAGUUCAGCUCAUCCGAAAGAAGUCUAAGAACAACAUCCAGUGGCUGGUUGGAGACGUAUUUGAGGGUGGCGCGGGUGGAGGAGAGAAGGCUUGCGCCCUGAGAAAAGAACUCGGAGAACUGGAGAGAUUAGAAAGAUCUCUGGAUGAUUUAGUCCACUCCAGCACCGCACAGCUCAAACAACUCACCGAAUAUGAAGAUAACAAGAGGCUGGGCUAUGUGACCUACCAGGACAUCCGCUCCAUCGGCACUCUCAGAGACCAGACGGUCAUUGCCGUCAAGGCCCCUGCUGACACAAAACUGGAAGUGCCGGACACAGCAGGGCAGGGAUCAUUACAAAUCUAUUUAAAAAGUAAGAAUGGCCCCAUUGAAGUGUACCUGUGUCCAGAGGAGGGUCUUGAAGAUGCCAGCCCAGGUAAAAGUGCUGUGACCCCUAUAAAGGAGUUUUCCAAACCCCUCGAUCCUCCAUCUGCAACCGUCAUGGCGCCACCAAGCUACAGCGUCAAAGAGGAGCCCGCCGAAUUAUCUACAGCGGCUCCAGCCAUCUCCUCCACCUCCACUUCGGCUCUGCUGGACGUCGAGCGUCUGCUGGGUCUGCCCCCCAGCCUGCUCCAGAUCACAGAGGACCAACUGCCGUGCACCCCUUUCGCACCGGACCCCAACACCCCCUUUGUCAGUUUCUCUCCCCCUUUGGACCACGACGAUUACCUGUGGAGCCUGGAGGACAGCGAGGGAGUGUCCGACUUCUUCGACACGUAUGACCUCGGAGAACUGUUGAAGAGCUGAGGUUUAGGAGGCAGGAGGGAAUCUGGGGAGAUUCGGGUAGGGAGGGGGGGAUAUUUAAUUGAAUGCCUUCUCGAGGUAGAGAAUAUUACACUAUAAAGCCAUAACUCUUCUGUUUUACCAUGCCUGUUUUAAAAUGUCAAUGAUUCAGAAGAAAGAGCUUUCCCCUUAGUUUAUUUUAACCAAGUAAAAAUCAUUUGUACAUGAGAAUGAUGGUACUGGAAGAUCGGGUGAGAUUGAACGUAUGUGUUUUCUCCAACCAUUAGGACAUGCUGUUUAAAAAGGCCGUAGUUAUUGUGUACACAUCACAUGCCCUGCGACGUGAUCGGUUGCCUUCCAUUUUCAGGCGCUCCGUACAGUGUGUCAACUCAGGAAUCCUUUUCAAAGCCUAGAUAUUUUGUGCCUGUCUGUAGCCCGUAUGCUGAAGCCAUAAAGAAACUAUACACAGGAUGUUUUUCACAGAAUGUAUCUUCAACACUGACCAAGAUUAAGCUGUGAAUAAUGCUGGUCUCUGUAGAUGCAUCUGAGCAUCUGCAGCUUUCAGCGCAGUACGGUGAGAUAUUUGAUCAUGAGCUGGUGUUUCUGAUGCUCUCGUGUCCGAUCAGGUCGGCUCUUCGCGUUGGGCCUCGUACCUGUUUGGUGCUGCGUCGUGUUGCCCAAAUGUGAAAGGCAGCUUCUGACACCCCCCCCCCCCCCCCCAAAAAAAAGUGGACCCGGAUCCAGAGUACUUUGUCGACACACACAAUCUCUGGCUGAGCAAGAGAAUCACAGUCGCUCUUGUUGGUUUGGCAGCUUUAUUUUAAAUCCAAGUGCUUCUCUAUUUAUAAGAGUUUGCUGAUUUUGGUAAGAUUCCGUGGUGAGAAACUACUAUUGUAUUUCUGAGGAAAUAACCAAAUCAAAUGAUAUGCAGCAUCUGUUUGCUGAUGUGGUGGAAGGUGCUUCAAUUGAUGUAAUUAAGGUUCACUUAGAUUAGAGGUUUGCGUUUACUCUUGUUCAGAAAUGAAUGAUGUUGAAUAAUCGAGCAGCAACAGAAACAAGAAGGUAUUUGUAUCUUUACUGUUGAAAUUUCAAGCCCAUGAAUGCUUUCCCGCACGCGGUGGUGCUACCCUUUAAAAUGUCAAAGACAUGGAACCGAGGAAGGAGUAGCUGCAACUUUUAUGUGUUAAAAGUUUUUUGUUGUUCAAAGCGUUCUAGAUAUUUGGAAAUUGAAAUGUCAUGCUGAUCUAUUUUUGGCUUUCCCUCUACACUGCAGAGAUAAGCUAACUGCCCUGUCCUAACAAAACUUGAAAAUGUGUGCUUGUGUGUAUUUGGCAGCUUGGGAAAUGGGUGUCAUGGUGUGUUUGCGUGUGAGUUUUUACAAUGUAGUGAAUUAGAGAAGGUGAAUUCAGAAUUUGUAGGGUUUUUAUUCAAUGAACAUUAUUUUUUGUUGGUAUUUGUACAUAAUUUGUUUUGUAUUUAUACCGGGUUUUCUGAGUUUGUUUUCAAGGUUGAUACUGGUCUUUUUACAGAAGCCUAAAAUGUUCUUGUAUGACAUGCAGCACUUAAUAUUUUUGUAAUAUUGUGUGGUCUGUUUGAAAUGAUUAAAUAAAUACUGAAGCCAUGG